AUGGCUUCUAGGUUCUUUGUUUUGGGUCUCUUGUUUGGGAUUUGUUUAGCAGCUGACCCCAGUCCACUUCAAGAUUUUUGUGUGACUGACUCCACAAGCUCAGGUAUAUUACUGUGUGGAAAUAAGCAUUUACUAAUCAUUUUUUGCUACUUUUCAAUUAAAAUAGCUGCUUGUGAAUUUUAUAACAAACACAAAUCGGAAGAUGAAGAACUGAGCAUGUGUGUUUUUCUAUCUAAAAAAAAUUUACCAGUGCACCUGAAUGGGAAGGCUUGCAAGGACCCAAAGCUUGUACAAGCAGAGGAUUUCUUCUUCAGUGGCUUAGACAUAGCAGGCAACACAUCAAACACAAUUGGAUUCCUUGUGACUCCAGCCACCAUUCCUGGAGCCAACACUCUCGGCAUUGUGAUAGGCCGUGGUGAUUUUGCACCAAACGGAUUUAGCCCUCUUCACACUCAUCCGCGUGCCUCGGAGAUCGUGCUAGUCCUCGAGGGUCGUGUGGAAAUCGGGUUUGUAACUUCCAACCCGGAGAACCAUCUCUUCACGAAAACACUUGAAGUAGGUGAUUUGUUUGUUGUUCCAAAAGGUCUUGUACAUUUCCAGAGGAAUGUGGGAGAGGCCAAUGCUGUUACCAUUACGGCUCUUAGUAGCCAAGCCCCGGGACUUAUCCGGGUUGCGGAUGCUAGUUUUGGAUCGGAUCCAAGGAUUCCUGGUGAUCUACUUGCUAAGGCUUUUCGAAUUGAUGAAAACACGGAAAGACAGAUACAAAGGCGUUUUUCGAAUAUGGAGGAUUGACAGGAAAGAUUAUGAAAAGUUUUACUAAUGAUUUGAGUGUAGUUGUGGGAUCUUCUACUUUAAUUGUUACUCCUAUCCCACAUUUUCCGUUGAGAACUAUAGCUAAGAAUACUAGAUUGGACCAAAAGGAAUAAUUAAGUUCGACCUGCCAAGCUGGUAUAUACUCUGGCUUCAGCUGUUUUAUGCUAUUUCUAGUUCAGUUGUUUAGAUAGUUUGU